CCAUGUGAUAAAAUGGGAGUGUUAGAUAGGACCGCGUCAGCGUUCCUAACAGUAGUACACGCCCUGUCAGUGCUCAGGCCUGGCGGGAAGAGUCGGGAUGGCGAGCACAAACUGAACGUGACUGUUCACGAGGGGAAGGUCGGGCGCCAGAGCCAGAGCAAGUAUCUAGUGACACUUCGUGUCGGGAAAGAAAAGAAGGAAACAAAGAAGAGGAGAUCAGACGGUCUCCUUUGGGAUUACGGGGCCGAAUUUUUACACUGGACGCCGGCAGACCCACUGAUCCUUAAACUCCGCAAGGCAAAGCGGUGCAAAGACAAUACGGUCGCCGUGCUUUCUCUAGAUGUUGCAGCUGCAAUAGAGUCGGUGGACGGCUUGCCAAACCGGUGGUGGUAUGCCUUGGAUAGGAUCGACAAAAGCGGGCGUCAGAAGGAAGAGGCAUUCCUGCAAGUCACGGUGACUGUCGAUGGUCUGGAGGGGAAACAUGGUUCUACUCAGGACCAAGACCGUGCCAAGCCAGUCCAGAAGACUGUGCAGCCAGCAGCGCCAGAGAACCCAGAGACCACCUCUCCACCAUCCGCGGGCAGAGAUGCCGUAGCCGCUCCCUCAUCAACAACAAGCUCCGCGCCCAGUCAGUCUGCCAAGCCGUCUGCCAAAGGAAAGGUCAAGCUAAGGCGAGAGUGCCGUCAAUCAAGUUCCCAAAAUGGGGAGGCAACAAGCUCGAAGUCCAGUCAUUCAGCCUCAACUGUAGGCACGCCAGGAAGGUCCUCUACUAAAGGAGAGGUCAGGCCACGCCGUUCCUCAGGCUCCCAGGAAGGAGAGGCGGGAACGUCAGAGAGCAGCUGCCGCACGGACACAUCACCACCGUCCGCAGCCGGCGAUGUCGCAGACGACAAGCCGGAGUCUUCCCCCACAACAGUCUUGACACCCAGCCCACCUGCCCCAUCCUACACACCGGACCAGGCAGCUACGAGUGGCAGUGGGGAGGGCGAUGUCAAGCCGGGCCCAGAGGGUCACUCAUCUCGAGACAAGGACGUGGAAGUCUCCCCUGUAUCCAUUGAUGUGGACAGUUCCACUGGAUACAUGGACUCCGGACGCGGUGAAGACACAGCCAAGUCCGGGUUUCCCGAGAAGACUGUACCGUUAGAGAAGCCAGAGACUUCAGCGGAGCUGAAAGAGAUAAUUGAAGAGCUCGAGGUUCCACAAGUGGCCACUACUGUGGACAAGGACUCUGGACAGGGUCAAGGCCCGACAUCCAGCCCACCUGCCUCACCCAACACACCGGACCAGGCAGCUACGAGUGGCAGUGGAGAGGGUGAUGUCAUGGCGGGCCCAGAGGGUCACUCAUCUCGUGACAAGGACGUGGAAGUCUCCCCUGUAUCCAUUGAUGUGGACAGUUCCACGGGAUACAUUGACUUCGGACGAGGUCAAUACCCAACCGAGCCCGGGUCCUCCGACAAGACGGUACCAUUAGAGGAGCCAGAAACUCCGAAUUCAGCGAAGCUGACAGAAAUGAUUGAAGGCGCGGAGCUCGAGUUUCCACAAGUGGACACUACAGUGGACAAUGACUCUGGACAGGGCCAAGCCCCAGCCGAGACCGAACCCCCAAAAGACACGGAGUCACCAGACAACGGUACCAGCGACGCGGAGUCAGACAGACCUGACACGGCAUCAUCUCCACAGGGAGGAGAGGUGGCUCUUCCACUUACCGAUCCACCACCCCGCCACAAGGAUGCAGAUGAACCGACGUACGAAUCAUUAGUCUGGUCAAUCGAGGACAAGUGGGAGGACAUAAUGUCGAAGAAACAGUAUGCGGAUGAACUUUAUACAUAUGCCAACACCCUCCGCUCGAAGCUCGAGGCGACCGUCCCACACGUUCUAAAUUACACCGUCAUUAAAAAUCUGGCGGCAAAGGUGCCCAAGUGCCCGGAUUACGAGUUACCAGACACACAGGGGAUGAGUUUAGAGGAUCUUCAACACAUCAGAGACACUCUGACUAAGUUAUCGUUGAAAGAAGAGGAGCGCGCUACGUACCUCAGACGAUGGUACAUAGAAGACCUGUGUGCAGUGGCCAUGCGUGAAGCGCCUCAAGUCUUGGAAACACUAAAGUACAUGUAA